CUAAUAUAUAAACGCUAAAACGUAUCAGAAUAUAAAUGAUUAUCUUGAAACAAAAUACCUCUCUUAAACAAAGAUUAAGGGUGUUUCAAGAACAUCCUUCACUUGAAGUAACAAAGACUUGGGUUUGGUCUCAAAGGUUACUUGCAAGGCAUAAUUAAAAAGCGUAAAGAAGCUUUUCUCUCACCUCUUUUAUAUAGCCUUUACGUACUUGAAUCUCAUCAUUAAUCUUUCUUCCAUCAGAAAAGAUUUCCCCAAAAUCAGAGAAAAGCUUAGAGAAUGAACAAAGGAAAAAGCUUCAAAGAUAUGGAGAUCAAUGUUGUUGAUAGAGAUCAUCAAGGAAAUGCUCAAGAAGAGAUCGAGAAGCCACUUCUAGAAGAAGACAAAGACUUUCCCGAUAUAGAAAGAACAACAUGGAUACAAAAAGCAAUAGGUCAAACGUUUCAAACCACAGCUCAUUUAGCUAAUCUCUUACCAACAGGAACCGUUCUUGCGUUUCAACUCUUAUCUCCAAUUUUCUCAAAUGGCGGUCAAUGCGAUGUGGUUAGCAAGAUCAUGACAUCGGUUCUAGUGGCAGUAUGUGGAUUCUCUUGUUUCAUACUUAGCUUCACGGACUCUUACAAAGACAAGAACGGUACUAUAUGCUACGGGUUUGCAACAAUCCACGGGUUUUGGAUCAUUGAUGGAUCGGCAACGCUUCCUCAAGAGUUAUCUAAGAAAUAUAAACUAAGGUUUAUAGAUUUUGCGCAUGCUUUCAUGUCGUUAUUGGUGUUUGGUGCGGUGGUUUUAUUCGAUCGGAAUACGGUGAAUUGCUUUUUUCCGGCACCGUCAGCUGAAGCAUUGGAGGUUCUCACGGCGUUGCCGGUAGGCGUGGGGGUGUUUUGUAGUAUGUUGUUUGCAACAUUUCCCACAACACGCAAUGGUAUUGGUUUUCCAGUUCCUGGUAACAAAUGAUUUUAAUAUAUUUUUAUUUAUUUGUAAUUUGAUCUAUAUGCUUAACUUGUUUGAUCAAGAUUCUUUCUUUUGAUGUUCACUUUGAAAAGACAUUACAAAAAUCAUGUAAACGUUUCUAAUAGAGAUGUAUGCAAGUAAUCAUAAUAAACUCAUAAUUUAAUGUAAAUAACAUUCGUGAGUAAUAUAUUAUUUUACGUAUUUUUCAAAAUAAGUAAUAUGUAUGAUUGAUUAAAAUGAAUUACAUCAUGAAAGCGCAUUAAGAUCAAUUUAUUGUCACAAUGCAAUACUCCUCUCACUCCGUCGUAGUGGAGAAUGUGCAGAAGAGAGUCGGAAAAGUAAACUAUCUGAUUCCCAUCACAUAAAAUGAAAUUUAAUUCAAAACAAAAAAAAGGUAAUUUAAAUUACCUCAAAUCGCCAUCUCAGAUUAAGCACGUCUCCGGAUGGACCAUCCCGACAUCGAUCAUCAGAUCUCUUAGACAAGGAUCUGGCAUAGCAGACUAUUUGCUGCUGUAUUAGUUAGGCAAACUAACUCUCACGAAACAUUCUCAUGAGGCCGAGAGGGAGAUAUUUAAUCUAUCCUUCUCAAUCGGGUACCAAUAUGUUGUUCGAACCCUGGUGCGACGCGUUUUCGUGCUGAGUCACUACCACUUUGCCUUGGUUCGAAUUGGUGUCCAUACAUCUAAUUGUUUAAUAUUUAACUAAAAGUCUAAAAUGUAGAACUUAAUUUUUCGGUUUAAUCCGGUUGGAUAUAAAAGAUUCUCAGAGCCAGAGUCAAGUUGUUCACGUACAAACAUUUUUUUUUUUUUGUUCUAAUUCAUCCGCUGUUUGAUCACAUGGAAAAUGAUGGAAAUAUAGUCAAAACAGUUUAUCUUUUCUAGUAUAUGAUCAAUGCUUGUGCUGGCUUAGGAGUUAAGAGAAGUUAACGUAGGAAGAAAAAGCCAAUGCUAUAUCAGCCGGUUCUGUUCUUCAAUUUGCCCAUGAUUUUUCUUUUUCACUUCUGAACUCAUCAAAAGCCUUUUUCCCAGAUCAUGGCAAAAUGCACAAGAGCUCCCGCCCACAGCUCCGAAAAACCGACCGUCCACGGUUCGACCCUCUUCCUCUGCUACCAAGUGCCUCUCAGAUGCAUCUUGGAACGCUGCAACGGGAAGAUGUAGUUUGGGUUGGGUUUCUAAGGAUGCAUCUUCGAACUCUUCUCUUGGGUUCAGCUCUUCUCACCGCAUGUUUAGUUGGCUCAGCCUUAGUGGCCGAAGCGCUAGCGGUAAAGGCAGCGAUGUCAGCUGCCAUCUCAUUGGGACACCAAAAGCUGGAAUGCUUCUCGGACUCUAAGGGUCUCGUGUCUCUCCUAGUUAACAAGGGUUCAGCAGUGGAAUUAAAGCAAUUUCUCAUGAUAUUUGGUGUCCGACCGACGCAUUCUAACAUAUCUUACAACUUCUAGAAGAUACACCGGCUUAGAGGGUGUGCGACCGGCCCAUUUAGGCAGGGUUCCACUUUUCUUCAUCAAAUUUCUUUUAACAUUUUGGGUUCUGAAUUUUUGAAAAUUUGUAAAACAAGUCAUAAAAUUUAAUAUUAUACAUAAAAUUCCAACAGAAAUAUGUUGGUUCAGGGUCCAAUUUUAAAUUGAGCCGGCCUUGGCAAUACACAGCAGUACAACAUCAGUGAAGCAUUGUUAGCUAAUCUUCCAGUCGAUGCAGCAGCUACAGCGAAUAAAACAGACGCGGAAUAAAUUAGCGAUAUCGGCAUCUAAUUUUUUACAUUUUUGACGACUACUUUGGGUUUUGUCACUGUUAUUUUUGUUUCCUUCACAGUAUAUUUUUUGCUGUUGCCGAUGGAGGUGGCGAUUAUAAAACGAACAACACUAAGUCAUAUUCAUUGAUGAAUCCGUUAAGUAUGUGUUUGGUUAAAGGGCGGACCCAGAAAAUUAAUAAAUAUGGGGCACAUGAUACAAAAAAGUAUUAAUACAAGGAUAUCUAAACAAUAAGCAUGGAACACACAAUGAAAUAACAUUACAAAUAAGGGGUAUUUACAUAAAUUCUGAACUAAAAUCUCAAAAAAAAAAAAAGUGGGGCACGUGCCACACCCUACCCCACCUGCAUCCGCCCCUAUAAUUGGUUUACAUGUUUUUGUAUGUAGAACUUUUCCAGGUGUUGGAAUCAUAGCUUUGUAUUGAAGUGUAUGAGAGUGGAAGAUGCUCAAAAGAUUUUUGAAUCGUCGCCGGAGAAAGAAAUGAUUUCUUGUAUUAGAGAAAUACAUAAGGGAUGAAAUUCAAUCAAACUACUAUAUAAUUUGUGUUCUUAUACACAAAAUGUAAAUUAUUUCGUGAAUUCCUUUUGAAUAAUUUGUGUAACCCUUUAAAGAUAAUUUUGCUUCUUUUGGGGGGGUGGGAUCAGAAGAAAAUUUUGUUUCAAGUUGACCAAAAAUAAAGAGUUAUUUGUUUCUGUAUAAAAUACUUCUAGAAGUUGUAAGAUAUGUUGAAUGUACCAAAUAAUUGAAAAUAUUAAAUAUGUCAUGUGUAUCUCGUCCACGUAGAGAUACACUUAACCAAACAAGACUUGUAUACUUCUCCGAAAUUUCGCCUUUCUUAUACUCAUGUCGUAUUCUCCGUAACUCAACUUGUGAGAUUAUUUGGAUAUUCUGGAGUAUUUGUUUCUUCUUUCUUUGUUUUUUUGUGCUUGUUUCUAUGCAUCACCAAAUAAUAGAGAAAGUUUUGUCGUUACUUUUAUAAUCUCUAACUCUGUCAAUAUCAAAAAAAAAGUACGUACGUGUGUAGUCAUACAGACCACUUGCUUGGACCAGAGACAGCCGUUGAUCCAUCAAUUCAUUUUUUUUAUUUUCUUAAAAACUUCUUUGCCAAACAAACUAAAACCGUGUUUCUGUAGCAGACUCGCCGUGCAUUAGAGUCUAUAUAUACACCAAGAAUUCUCCAUUUGAGAUAACUUCGAAACCAAAACACUUUCAUUCACGACUUUUCUCUUUAAACAUUUUCAAGAACAAGAAAAUCUUAAAACUAUCGAGAUAUCAUGGUAAGAUCAGAAUUAGGAAGAAGGAGAUCUUUAUCUGGAGCUGAGAUGGCGCCGGCGGCCAUGAUUUAUCGCCGGGGAUGUUCAAUGAUUCCGACACUAGAGACCAUUUUCGAAGAAAGGUCGGAUGAUUCAAAAGUCAUCAUGGGACAAGGACACCGCCUUUUACUUCUUGUUCCGGCGAUUAUAUCGGCCGUCUCAUGUGUUUUGUUGUAUAGACAUGACCGUGUUGUUCGAUUUUCUUGAACAUGUUUACAAACAUACAUACAUAUAAGUUUUUCAAUGUUUUGUUUGGAAAAUGUAUAAGCAGAAGAGUUAAAUUCUUAUAUAUAAUCUUUUGUAA